UGCCCGUCACCAUCCGUCGUCAAAGGCCCCUCCGGCGCUGUCCUCGACGUUCGCCAGGCAUCGACCCAUAUAUUCCCCAGGACAUCCCCCUGGUACUUCCCUCGUCGCCGCCGUCGAGCCGCUCCCUCUGCUUGCCAACUCUUUGUCCUUGAGGAGGUCGCGCGCUUCUUGAUUCACUACAAAGUCGAGCCUUGACGACGGCCGCUGGAUCCUCAUACGCAUCCGCGUAGCGCCUGAGGGACGAUGUCAGGCUCCUACUACCACGCCACAAGAUACACCCCUGCCUCUCCCCAACCGAGGGGGAAUGAGCCCCCGCGUCUCCCCUCUUUGAGGGAUCUCGACUUCCCUCCCCAAAGACGGAGACCGCCUUCCCCCGUGUCCAGCCCCGUGCAGCCACCAGCCGAUCGCCUCAGCUGGAGCAAACCAGCUGUGCCAAACUCAUGGUCUACGCAACCCUCCUCCUCCCAUCAAGCUCAGUACUCCCCACCGCCUGACGUCACAUACGCCGAUACCCAUUAUCCCUCCAAGCACACCGCUUCAUACCUCCCAUCCACCCCAUCCACUUCCUCCCAUAGAUCCCCGCCGCCGCCGCCUCCCUCAUCUCUACCACCUCGCCAAGAACAUCCUCAGUACGCGUAUCCUCCUCCUUCUCGUCCUGCCAGGCAGCGUGAAACGCGUCCCCCUUCGGGAUCAUACUCAUCUCCAUAUCCGUAUCCCCCUUAUGCGUCUUCGCAGGCGCCGCCGCCGCAUGCAUCAUAUCGGGCAGCACCACCACAAGCCUCCCAACCGCCGCCGCCGCCGCCGCCGUCAGCUGCUCACCCGUCAAGUGCUCAUGGACAGCAGCCGCUUCAGCCUGUCUCCGCGCAUCUACACGCUCAUUCUCAUCCGGGUACUGGUAGCGUCUCGCAUGCGCCCAGUGCUUCGCAUGCUCCACCGCCGCCGUCCUCGAGUGCCUCGUACUCGAAUGGCGCGCAUGCGUCGCCUGCGCCGCCUCAGCACCAUUACCAUCCCUCCAGUUCCUCGUCUCAUGGCCCCAGCUCCUCACAUGCGUCUCAGCCAUCCCAUGCAUCGUCCCACUCUGCACCAUCUCACCCUGCAGCGCCUCCCGCGCACGAUCCUUGGGCCCGUCAUCCGCCGCCGCCUCCAGCGCCUGCGCACUACGAGGCGCGCCAACACCAGCCCCCACCGCCGACUCCGCAUCAGAUGAGGGGCCCGCCGCCGCCGCCGCAUCUGCCCCCGGUGCAUCCGCCGUAUCCGCCACCACACUAUGCGUAUCCGCCGCAUCCUGGCUCUGUCCCGCCGCCGCAUCCAGCGCCUGGGCCCCCGUCGCACCCUCCAUCGGUGCCGCCGCCUGCGCAGCCCGUGCCUCCUUCGCCGAUACAUCCUCUACCGAGUCAUCCAGCGCAUUCAGCCACUCCGCCCGGUCAUACAGGGCCGCCUGUAGCUCCGCCAGUCCUCUCAGCACCUCCAGCAGGACCUCCACCAGCAGGGCAUCCACCGGCUCCUUCUGAGAGGUUGAUCCCGCCUCCGCCGCAGUCAGAGUGGCCAUCCUAUCCCUUGCGGGCGGCGAGUCCGAUCGCGGCAGAGCCGUAUGGUCGAGGGGGCGCGGAGCGCGCAGAGACGUACAGUAGAGGAAGCGAGGUACCGUACGCACGAGAGGCUGGCGAGACGUACAGUCGACCUCCGGGCUCGUAUGGAGCGCCUUCGGUUCGAGGGAGCGAGGCGCCGUACCCUCGAGAUAGGGAGCCGCGCGCCUCACCACCUCCGACUACGCCUCAGGAUGCGAUUUUGCGGCAGCUUAUCGAGCACUGCACAAAACUGUACCAGUUUGCGUUUCGGUAUGCCAACGUCCAACAAACCGUCCCCGCCUUCUCGCCCGGCGACGACGAGCUGUCGGAGAUGAACCACCGGGCGGAGGAGGUCGUGCGGCUGCUGGGGAACCUCAGGAGCAUGUCGUUGACGGAGAGCGAGCGGGCGAAGGUCGAGUCGGUGUCGGGCUCGGGCUUUCGUGGUGACGAGGGGUCAGGAUUUCGUGGGCCGCCUGCGCCUGAGUCGCAUCCGAGCUACCGCGCGCCACCUGCGCUUGAGGAGCAGCAUCGCGUACCGAAAAGGCCAUGGGAGGAUAUGGAUCGGGAUAGCGAUGGGGGGCAGGAUGAGUUGCACACCGACAGCGCCGCAGACGACCCGCGCUCGAUGGCGGAGCGCGAUAUGGAGACAAUCCGGAGCAAGCGCGCGUCGACCACUGCUGGGAAUGCGGCGAAUGUCGCCAUGCCGAAGACGAAGUACCGAAAGAGGAGUAAGCGCGCAUCCCCACCGGGGAAGUGUCACUCGUGCAACAUUCGAGAGACGCCGGAGUGGCGGCGCGGGCCGGAUGGGGCGCGGACGCUGUGCAAUGCGUGCGGGUUGCACUAUGCGAAACUCAUGCGCAAGCGCAGCAAACUCAACAACGGCGAGGCCCCGCAUAUCGACCUCGAGACCCUGCGCGCUUCCGCACGGGCCGCUGACGUCUCGGAUAAGUUUGCGCGCCCGAAGACGGCGUCAAAGCAGGCGCGAGAGGAGAAGGAAAAGGAGGCGGAGGCGCUGAAGAACCACCAGUCGUCGUUCCAGGUGCCGCUCAGUGGGCCGACGCAGGUGGGGUUGAGUCCGACGCAGGCGCCGAUGAGUGUGUCGCAGGGGCCAUUGAGUGCGUCGCAGGGGUCGCAGGGGUCGGUGCACUCGCCACAGGUGACGCUGAAUCCUCCGCCGCCGCCGUUGAUGGUGCCCGAGGAGCGGAGGGACAGCAGGGAUGGCGAAAGGGACAGGAUGGUGCCGCCGCCGCCAGGGUCAUCGGCGUCGUCGCAGGGGUCGCCGGUUAUGGCGCGGUACGGGGAGAAGCAGCUACCGCCGCCGCCCCAACCCUGGGGGUCGCCACAGGCCUCCAGGACGACGUCGUCAGCGACGAGAGAGCUACGAUAUGUGGACUCGGGCCCAGCACCGCCGUCAUCGUAUUCGCGCUCGACGAAAUAGCAGGACGGAAGGUCGUUCUGCGUUACUGGCCAAUAAGACUAAUUGUACCUUCACAUAGCGAUACCAGGCAUCUACUGAUCUUCAUUAUUUCGUGCAUGUUCAUGUCCUCCUACUCAUGUUCGUCAUGCGCUUUCUUUGCUGUACUGUACUGUAUUUGUUGUCUUCACGCUGUACAUGCUGAUUUUCCUUCCCGUCCAUGGCUCUACACGUAUACCCUCUUAUGUAUAGAUUGCACUUGAAGCCAUUGAAAGGCAUGCUCGGCAACAAGCCCUUGCACAGCCA